GUGAAAAUGCAUUCCCCCCCUGGGUCACUAUCAAGUGAGAAUUGACUUUUCAGAAAACAGGAAGGAUUCGAGCUAAGACCUACUGAACGAGAGGUUUCACAGCAGUUAAUUUCCUCUCUGACAACAUGUGUACUGGAAGAUGUUCCCGUUGCAUUGCUGUUACUCUGUACCCAUUAGUGGUCAUAUCCAUCAUCUGUAACAUUGUGUUGUUCUUUCCUGGUGGGGACAUCAAGUAUGCCAAAGAUGGACAUAUUACUGAGGAGGUGAAAUAUAUGGGGGGACUCGUAGGAGGGGGUUUAAUGGUGUUGAUCCCAGCACUUUACAUCCACUUGACUGGACAACAGGGGUGCUGUGGGAAUCGCUGCGGGAUGUUCUUAUCAAUUGCAUUCGCUGCAGUGGGUGUGGCUGGUGCCCUAUACAGUUUGACUGUGGCAGUGCUCGGUUUGAAGAAUGGGCCCCUCUGCAAGACCAAAGUGAUUUGGGAAACACCUUUGGAAUUCAGUGACAACAGUUACCUGACUGAUGACACAUGGAGGGGGGAAUGCACAGAGCCUAAGGACAUUGUGCAGUUCAACACGGGAUUGUUUGGCACUCUGCUGGCCACCAGCUGCCUGCAGCUGAUUCUCUGUGCCAUUCAGAUGAUCAACGGGCUCUUUGGCUGCCUGUGUGGAACCUGCAGUGACAAAGGGCCACUGUGAAUUCCUGAGAGUUGACUGGCGCUCCCUGCUGGAAGACUGAGGAUAGCCUUCCUGAAUGUAUUUGCAUAAAAUAUUCACUGAGAUAUUGUGGUUGUCUGUAUUUGACAACAGAUAUUUUUGUGUGUAUGUCACGAUUCUUCAUACCCUGUUAAAUAAACCAACACAGAAAUCGGAAUAUAUUGCAAUUUACUAAGGUAUGUUGUGAAAAUGGUGCAGUAUUAGAAGUAAUUGUGUUGUGUUUUGUGUUGUGUUUCAUUAUAUU